UUAUUUAAUUUUUAAAGACUUUUUUGGGGAGGGAGUGCCUUUUGGAAGGAGCAUCAUGUAAAAAUUGGGUUUAAUUAUUAUAUAUUGGUAAGGGGAAAAGGUUGUGUGGGUCUGGAAAGGGUUGAGCAAAGGAAGGAAAGAAGGAAAAUGGGGGAUGCUGCAGACACCAAGGAGCUGAGGAAGACCUUCAUUGUCCCGGCCAUCAAACCCUUUGACCAUUAUGACUUCGUCCGAGCCAAGAUCGCCUCCAAUCUGGCCUGGCUGGUGGCCAAAGCUUUUGGGACAGAAAAUGUACCCGAGGAGCUUCGAGAACCAUUUUAUACAGAUCAAUAUGACCAGGAACAUAUUAAACCUCCUGUUGUUAAUUUGCUGCUAUCUGCUGAACUCUACUGUCGUGCUGGGAGUCUUAUUCUGAAGAGUGAUGCUGCUAAACCACUUCUUGGCCACGAUGCUGUUAUCCAGGCCCUGGCACAAAAAGGCCUCUAUGUCACUGACCAAGAGAAACUGGUAACGGAGAGAGACUUGCACAACAAACCAAUUCAGAUGAGUGCUCAUUUGGCUAUGAUUGACACCCUGAUGAUGGCAUAUACUGUGGAAAUGAUCAGUGUGGAAAAGGUGAUUGCAUGUGUACACCAGUAUUCCUCUUUCUUCCAAGCCACAGACCUACCCUAUGACAUAGAAGAUGCUGUCAUGUUCUGGAUAAAUAAGGUGAAUGAACACUUAAAAGACAUCAUGGAACAGGAGCAAAAACUCAAAGAGCAUCAUAGUGUAGAAACUCCAGGUGGUCAAAAGUCUCCCUCCAAAUGGUUUUGGAAGCUGGUUCCUGCUCGAUACAGGAAGGAACAAGCUCUGCUUAAGCAGCUGCCCUGUAUUCCACUGGUGGAAAAUCUGCUGAAGGACGGUACAGAUGGCUGUGCUUUAGCUGCCCUGAUUCAUUUUUACUGCCCAGAUGUAGUCCGAUUGGAAGAUAUCUGUUUAAAGGAAACCAUGUCUUUGGCUGACAGCUUGUAUAAUCUGCAACUGAUACAGGAAUUUUGUCAGGAGUACUUGAACCGAUGUUGCCAUUUCACACUUGAGGAUAUGCUCUAUGCUGCUUCUUCAGUAAAGAGCAAUUAUUUGGUGUUCAUGGCAGAACUCUUCUGGUGGUUUGAAGUAGUGAAGCCUUCGUUUGUCCAGCCUCGAGUUGUAGUUCAUCCUCAAGCUGAACCUACAAAAGAAGGCUCUUUUCUUUCUGCUACAAAUGCCAAUAGAAGACAAUAUCCUGAAGGUGCACGUGAUUCUGAGCUGAUAGCCAGCAUGGAGGGCCCAACCUUUGCACCAUCUCAGCAAAUUCCUUCUGCCAGCCAUGCACAUCAACAGCCUUAUUCCUCUGUUCCAGGCAGCAUUAGAAGAUCUUCAUCAAUGUCUUAUAUGGAUGGAUAUGUAGGGACAUGGCCCAAGGAAAAAAGGUCUUCGGUGCAUGGAGUUUCGUUUGACAUUUCCUUUGAUAAAGAGGACAGCAUCCAUAUAAAAACUCCAAACAGAGGAAUUACUAGAUCUCUCAGUAAUGAAGGUCUUGCACAAAAUGCUAACCGUAUGCCAAGACAUAUUAGAAAGAACAUGUCUUUCAAGCCUGUGAAUGGUGAAGAUGAAAGUGAAGAUAUUGAAGAAGAAAAGGAUGUUGAAUUUUGUGGUGAUCUAGAGGACAAUAGCAAUCAGAGGAAUGCCAACCAAAUUAAUCCAUACAGACUACCAAAUGGAGCACUGCAAAACAGGUUGGUUACCGAUGAAUUUGGAAAUCAGAUUGAAGCACCAAGCAUUGAGCAAGCUUUGCAGAUUAUCCAUGAUAAUGAGAACUCUCCCAGUGUUACUCAGCCAGAGCAAAUUACAAAUGGGUUUUUCCUUCACAAUAAGGAGAUGAGCAUCCUAAACUCAAAUGUAAAACCCAAUCAGAAUAGUCCAGAUAUUAUUGCAGAUACUAAAGGUGCCCUUAGUCCUGUGACUGACAAUACAGAAGUGGAUACUGGAAUCCACGUCCCUUCGGACAUUCCAGAGACUAUGGAUGAGGAUUCUACUUUGAGGGAUUAUACUGUAAGCUUAGAUUCAGAUAUGGAAGAGUCGUCUCGAUUUCUACACGAAUACGAUAGUAGAGGUACCAACCAGAAGGAGCAACUGAGUCCUUGUCCAAGCUCAGUUAGCACCAAAUCGCAAGCGGGUAGCAGUGCAUCUUCAAGUUCAGGAGUUAAAAUGACCAACUUUGCAGAACAGAAAUUUAAGAAGCUAAAUCAUACAGACAGCAGAAGUAGUGGUAGCAGUUCUCAGAAAACAACCCCAGAAGGCUCUGAAUUGAACAUUCCUCACAUGGUUUCUUGGGCUCAAAUACCGGAGGAGUCUCCUGUUCCUCAGGGGAGAGAUACAACACAGUUGCUGGCCUCUGAAAUGGUGCAGCUAAAGAUGAAGCUGGAAGAAAAGAGGCGAGCAAUUGAAGCCCAGAAGAAGAAGGUUGAGGCUGCUUUCACUAAGCAGAGGCAAAAAAUGGGAAGAACAGCAUUCCUUAAUGUUGUGAAAAAGAAAAGUGAUGGAAUUUCACCACUCAGAGAGGAGGCAGCUGGAGCAGAGGAUGAGAAAGUGUUUACUGACAGCACAAAUUUGAAAGAGAAAGAAGUUCAAAAACCUGGUGAACAACUAAACAGGACUGCAGAGAUGAUAAAAACAAGCAGUGAAAAACCCCAGGUUAAAUGGCUGAAGUCCCCGAAUACUACAGGGGAUACAGAAAAGCAAUGUAAUUUGGCAAGUCCACCAGAAGAAAAUGUAAACGAAGGUGACCUUUUGGAAUAUACAAAAUCUAUUGAGAAACUCAAUUCGUCUCUGCAUUUCCUUCAGCAAGAAAUGCAACGGCUGUCCCUUCAGCAAGAGAUGCUCAUGCAGAUGAGGGAACAGCAGGCCUGGGUUAUUUCACCACCUCAGCCUUCUCCUCAGAAACAAAUUCGGGAACUCAAGUCUUCCUUGAAGUUUACUGGAUCGUCUCCUCCCAUUCCCCCAUUUUCUGUGGAAUCGCCUCGACCUUCCCACCAAUCUCCACAGACAUCUUCUAGAAAGAAUUCAUCUCUCCCUACUAAAACACAAAGGACUCCUAGACCGAAUGAUCUGAAAAUAACACCUUUGAAUCGGACUUUGACUGCACCACGAUCAGUGGAUAGUCUUCCUCGUCUGAGACGAUUUUCUCCAAGUCAGGCAUCCAUUCAGACAAGAUCAUUUGUUUAUUUUGGAGAUGAUGCUGAACGUAACCUUUCAAAGGAGGUUAAAAGUAUGACAGAAGAAGCUCCUGACAAAGAAGAAGCAACUGAAAGAGAAGGUGGAAAGAAAGCGACCAAGGAGUUGGUUGAGCAAAAACCAGAGGCGCGGCAGGUCAAGCCCUGGGAAUCUACUGUGUCUGAAGUCCUCUCGCAGCCCAUUACUGAGACUGUAUGCCUUACUCCUAGUGAAGAGCUUCUGAAUCCACCAGCGUUGCCAGUGCCUCCCCCUAAAUCAGUUAACCUCAUUGAGGUUUCCCUCACAGAUUUGAAGCCACCUGAGAAAUCAGAAGAGACAGUAGAGAAAUCAGAGGGUGAGAGUGACAAAGAACAGUUAGAGGAUGACCAAAAAUUGUGUUGUGGAUUCUUUUUUAAGGAUGAUCAAAAGCCUGAAAAUGAUAUGGCAGUGAAGCGGGCAGCAUUAUUGGAGAAGCGAUUGAGAAGGGAAAGAGAAACCUUACUUCGAAAGCAACAGUUGGAAGCAGAGUUAGAAACUAAGAAAGAAGAAACAAAGAGGAAGUCUGAGGAAGAACGUCAGAAAAAGGAAGAUGAAAAAGCAAGGCGAGAGUUCAUUAAGCAAGAAUACAUGAGGCGGAAGCAGCUGAAGCUCAUGGAAGACAUGGACAUUGUCAUCAAGCACCGCCCCCACUUAUCCAAACAAAAAAAGCCACGUCCAAAAUCCAUUCAUAGAGACCAUAUUGAGUCACCCAAAACUCCAAUCAAAGGUCCUCCAGGUUCACAACUUGACUGUGUUGUUGAUGUUGUUUCCCUCCCAUCCCCAGUGUCUAGCCUUUCUUUGGCAUCACUGAACACAGGAGACAAUGAGAGUGUACAGUCAGGCAAGAGAACUCCAAGGUCUGAGUCUGUGGAAGGAUUCUUAUCUCCAAGUCGUUGUGGUAGCCGUAACGGGGAGAAGGACUGGGAAAAUGCAUCAACAACCUCUUCAGUGGCUUCUGCUACAGAAUAUACAGGACCAAAGCUCUACAAAGAACCUAGUGCAAAAUCCAACAAGCACAUAAUUCAGAAUGCCCUAGCUCAUUGUUGCUUGGCUGGAAAAGUAAAUGAAGGUCAGAAGAAUAAAAUAUUAGAGGAAAUGGAGAAAUCAGAUGCCAACAACUUCCUAAUCCUCUUCCGGGACUCAGGUUGCCAAUUCCGAUCUUUGUAUACGUACUGCCCUGAAACUGAAGAAAUUAGUAAAUUGACUGGGAUAGGCCCAAAGUCCAUCAGCAAGAAAAUGAUUGAGGGGCUGUAUAAGUACAACUCUGAUAGGAAACAAUUCAGUAACAUACCUGCUAAAACGCUUUCUGCCAGUGUCGAUGCAAUUACCCUUCACAGCCAUUUGUGGCAAAGCAAGAGACCAGUAACACCGAAAAAACUCUUUCCUGCAAAAGCGUAGUGACUUUGGAGAAGGAUGCCUUGCUGAAGACAGUUGUGGAAAACUUUGCACUUCAUUAUUUGCUGCCUAUCAGAAAAGAGGUUCCUAUUUGCCAACAAAAUUGUGAGCUGAGAUGGGAAGAACAAGCUCUGUUAUCAUAUACAACUGGAAUGUAAACACAGUAUUGGAGACUUACAGCAAAUGAACAUUUAAGGGAUUCAUGCAUUCAUGUGCUCAUGAAAGCUUGAGUUGCCAGUGCAGAUAGGUUUGUGCUUACACAACAUUUAAAGAGGGUUUGUUUUGGUUUUAAAACACUGAAUUGUUGAAUGUUUGCAAUCUGCAGUGACUGAAAUUAAAGCAUUUUUACAUGUAUUGCCUUAUACUUUGGUGUAUUAAGCUUGUUUUGGAAUUUGCAUUUGCUUGUUAUAACUUGACCAGAGAAAUUUCUGUCUUGAUUUGCUGUGUCAUUAAACUGUUAGUGCCCACAGUUAACAAAGGGCAAUUUAUUUUGCAAUGAAAUAGUAUUAUCUAUACAUUUUUUGGCUCUCAUUUGAUCCAAGGGAAAGUUCAGGAAGCUUCCUAGUAGAGAAUAUCCAGGAUUAAAUGUUGUUAGCAUAUUUUAAAUUGUGAUCAGGAAAUGUGAUGUCUGACAUUCUGCAAAGAGGAUCAGAAAGAUACCAUUGUUGUAAGAAUUUAAAAAUCAACCAUGGCUCUUAUCUAGGGAAGCAUGAACUGAGAGCUUUGUAUGCACUGGUGCUUUUUCUCCUUUUUUUCCUCUUUUCUUUCUGUGUCUUUUUUAAACAGGGAUCCUCCUUACAGUUCUGCCCAAGCAGCUUUUCAAAUAGCACCCUGAAAUGUUAGUAGCUCAGGAGUGCUAUAUGGUUUUACGAAACACAUGCAAAUAAAACACCAUUACUAAACACAUGCACCAUUACUAAACACAUGCACACAUGUAAGGUGGCUCCUGGGAAUGGGUCCAUGUGUUGCUUCAUUUCAGAAUGCUAAACAAAACAGUAGUAACUAUGCUAAAACUGUACAUUUCAUGUGAGUCCUUUUGCGAAACUUAAAUAGGAAUUUAUCUAGGAGUAUCUAGUUAUGAAAGCUAUUCUGAUAUGUUACCAGGAUGCUACCCAACCAUAUGGACCAAAGAAAAUAUUCUUCAUAGAUACACAAGAUACUGAUUUAAUUUUAUUAAAUGUAAAAACAGAAUUAAUUGGGAUACAUAACAUUUGGAGAAUGGCAAAGAUAUACAGUGUAUAGUAAUGUUAACAGUUAAUUACAUUAAUUAGUAGGGCAUGUUUUCAGUAUUUACGAAGGGCUGCACAUCUCUUUAUGUUAGAAAAGCCAUUUUUGCUUGGAAAUUUUUAACUUUUUUUUAAGGAUCCUACUAAGGAUAGCAAGCUAUGUUUCAGCAGGUAAAGAAAUACUAACUUGAAACCUACUGUUAUUUUUAUGAGUGUUUUUUUCUCUUAACCUUUGUACACCGGAAGACUUAGUUUGGGGGUGGGAGGGGAACUAGGUAGAACCUCAUUCUCAGGAAAAGACUUGAAUUAUUGAUAACCUUGUUCCGUUUUGUUGUUGUGAAAAGUGUUGGAACAUAAAGACAGUAUUAAACUAGCUGUCGAAAGGAUAUACUUUAAUAAGUGUUCUGCAAAGGAGUAUUGAAAAACUCUGUGCACUUCUCCCACUGACCUGCUUGAUUUGGAGAAGUGAUAUUUCACUACAGUCUGCUUGUGUUCUUUAUAUAGAUGUACAGGAAUGGGAAGUCCUUAAAUAAUUUAGAGAACAACACUUUUUUAAAUUAUUAAAAGGCCUUAGGCAUUAAUGCAUCUGGGUUGUUUAUCAACAUUUUCUCAGAAAUGCAGUCAAUAUUUUACUGUAAUUUAUGUCCCUAUAUAUAUGUAUAUUUGUUAAAACUGUAAAAAAAAUAUCCCCAACCCUCCUGUUUAAUAGAUACGUGACUCACAUCUAUUUGUGGUUAGCUGAUUCCUACUGUUUGCAUGUAUAUGAACCAGGAUAUCUAACUCACUCCCUAUUUUGAGUGUAAACACAGUGUGCGUGUGUGUAUACAUACAUAUGUAUGUAUAGGAGAUAGAAAGUCUAUACCUUCUACCAUCUAGGCUUAUCCUCCAAUGAAUGGCAUAGGCUAAACAUUUUGCACAUCAAUGUAAACGUAAAUCUAAAUUAAAGCCAGCCUAGUGCACCUAUGGUUGGAGAAAGCUACUAGGACAUAAAUGAGAUAGAUGAACACAAAAAUCACAUGAAAGGUUUUUGACUAAACUACAUGUUCUUGCUAAAAGAGAAAUGUAAUUUAUAGUUGUGUACCAUCUCCUGAAUAAUGUACAUCUGUCCAAACAGGAUGGUUUGUAAAAUGUGACAAGAAGGGUUCACUUUAAAUUAUUGAAUGUAUCAUGAAUUUUGCCUACAGUUCAGAAAAAGAGGUCUGUGCAGUGUCUAACGGUAGAAUGUGAAUAAUACAAUUAAACUGAAACUGUUGGGAUUAGAAGCUUACAACAUGCUAAGAAAGCAUGGACAAGGGUUUUGUUGUUCUAAGCUUGCAAAUUUCCUAAUGACAAUGUAUCUUCAUUUAGGAUCUUGUUCAGGAAAAGAGAAGACUUUUGUGAAGAAACCCAGUGUUUAUCAGUUACUUUAUCAGAACACACUGGUGCUUUCAGUAGAGGGAGGGGGUAUUUUUAAUUGUUUAUAUGACAGAAUUUGCCAAACAUCCUUAUGUACCGGCCAGGUGUCCAGUGUUCAGACUCCAACAGUCAUUGCGACUACUGAACCAGUAUUUUUGGAUGACUGCUGGGUUGUUUUAAUGCUUUGGCUGUUUAAAGCCAAAUCUUGUUUAUUUAUAAUUUAAAUGGGCACCGUCCGUUGAGAAAUGUACAGUGUCUUGUGUGCUUACUUGUCCACUUUUGUGGAGCAUUGCUACUUUUUUUCUUCUUCUUCAGAUGCUGUGCUGUAAGAUAUUGUCAUAUAGCUCCUUACUUAGUACAGUGUAGUUCUUCCCUUCCAUCUAAAUAAAAGGCAUG